AUGUCACAAUACAUUGCUUCCAACAAGCAAGAUGGAUAUCGAAAUGUCAUUGAUGAGAAUUGCGGCCCUGAACCAAUGGAGUAUAUCUUUAAUCAGGAUAAAUGCAUUGUUGAGAUGUUUGCAGCUCAUAGUGAAUACUUGAAUAAUAAAAUCUCGAAUGAGUUUUCUCCGGCUUGUCCAACACGGAUUGAAAAGCCAAAAGAUAAAGACAUUCGAAUAAAAGAGCCCAACGUAAAGCGUGAUUAUGUGCGUUAUACUAUCCUUUCAAUUAAAAAAAAAUAUACGGUCGAACCUAAACAUUGGAAUAAAUCUUUUUGCGGGACUGUAUUAUGGAUGCUUUCAUAUUCCCUUACCAGAACCAAGGAACAGGAACAUGAUAAAUACUUGAUCUUCGAAUAG